AUGGAUGUUGAGGAUACAGUUAAUUGCCAACUCAAUUCGACGGACUAUAAUGAUGCACAAUGGUCGGCCCUCGCUCCAGCCGGAGGUAUCAUCUACCUCGACCCGGACCAUACCCUCUACCUUCCGUCUUCUUUCCAUCAACUUCGUUGUCUGGACGUCCUUCGAUCCAUGUACAUUGCUCAAGAGAUGCUAUUCUGCCGCGCAUAUUUGAUAGGUCGAAGUGGCUAGAGAAAUUUUACCACGGAAUGGUGUAACAUUCAAGCUUAGAGACCCCAUUCUUUCUGUCUGCAAUAUCAAGGACCGAUGUCGUCUACUCGUAGCAUUCAUGGCGUCAUAAUCUCGGACUCUGACGGAACCAAAUACCUCCGUCACUAGCUCUUGCGACGAAUGAUAAUUAUCUGAUAGGAAGUGGGCCACAAGACCGUUCGGUGUUAGAUUGUACUUAGAAUGUACUUUUGCGGAAGCGAUGGCUAUAUGAAACCUGCC